UGAAAGCACAUUGACGCAGAAAGAAGCCAGAAGGACGCUAAUAAGUCAGUCUUAUUAUUUGUUCUUCAGUUUGAAAUAUUUACGUCGUAUGAAAUACAUCUGAGUUUUUAUUUUAAGGAUAACAUCGUCUCGAUGCGCUAGAAGCACUUUGCUGCUUUUCGUGCUCGUUUAUUGUUAGUUAGCUUAGCUCGCUAGUUAGCUUAGCUUGUUAGCUGCUAACAGAAGUUAUCAACACGUAGAGAUCAAGUGUGAGAGUAAAGUGUUGUGAUUGUGUGAAAAUGUCUACAUUACACAUGUUGAGAGCGUUGGUGGAUCAGCGACUAACUGCUGCCGUUGAAGAAAUAUUUGUAGCGUUAGAAAGAACGAUAGCAGAAUACGAGGCGGAACUUUCUAGAACAAAAGAGGAGAACUAUCAACUACUGGACGCUGUUUUCAAGAAACAUCAAGUUGUGUUACACAGAACAGACGUCCAGCAGCCCCCUCACAUUGAAUAUGAUGAGGAGGAUCCACAGCCCCCCCACAUGAAAGAGGAAGAGAAGGAAGUGUGGAUCAGUCAGGAGGGAAAGUGUGUUGUAGGGCAGGAGGAGGAUGAUGUCAGCAAGUUUCCACUGACUGUUGUCUCUGUGAAGACUGAAGAGCAUGAAGACAAAGCACCUGAGUCCUCACAGCUUCAUCACAGUCCAAACGUCCAGCGGGUGUCAGCGGGGAGUCAUGAAGAGGAGUGGCACACCAGUGUGGGACAGAAGGAGCUACAGGCCCCCUCCCACAUUAAAGAGGAGCAGCUUCAUGAUGAAGAUGAAGCUCAGUCCUUACAGCUUCAUCACAGUCAAAGUGAGGAGAACAGAGGGGCGGAGCUUGUAAGUCAACACAUCACAGAAGCUGAUGGAGAGCAUUGUGAAGAUAUAAAGUCAGAACCAGACAGCAUCUUUGCUCCACUGUCAGACAUGGACCACAUGAUGUCACACUCUUCUGAUCACAGUGACCACAUCCAAAAACCUUUGGAGAGUCAAAAUGACUCUAAAGGUGAUACGAGACAUCACACUAACAACAAACACUUUGACUGCUCUCAAUGUGGGAAAUCAUUUAGACAUAACAGUUAUUUUAUAAGACACAUGAGAAUACAUACUGGAGAGAAACCUUUUUCUUGCUCAGUUUGUAAGAAGAGUUUCUCCACAAAGCAAAGCAUGACCAUACACAUGAGAACACACACUGGAGAGAAACCUUUUAUUUGCUCUGUUUGUAAGAAGAGUUUCUCCCAAAAGCCAAAUAUGACCAAACACAUGAGAACACACACUGGAGAGAAACCAUUUUUGUUGCACUGUGUGUGAUAAGAUGUUCAGGUUUAAGUAUAAGGUCAGUAAACACAAGUGUGUAACAGUCAUGGAAGCUGCAGGGAUUUAAAAAGACUUAAACAGUGAUUGUGCUAAAUGUAGUUUAAAAACACAGCAUGUUUAAUAAUAAUGUAUAUUUGAUGUUGUAUGUAGUGCUUCUCAUCUUCUAGUUUUAUAUGUUGUCCUGUAAUUACUGUUUAAAGGCCUACUGAAAGCCACUCUGAUAGUUUAUAUAUCAAUGAUGAAAUCUUAACAUUGCAACACAUGCCAAUACGGCCGGGUUAACUUAUAAAGUGCAAUUUAAAAUUUCCCGCCACACUUCCGGUUGAAAACGUUUUAUUAUGCUGACGUAUGCGUGUGACGUCACGAGGGCAAGGGAAGUAUUCGGAGACCGUAGAAUCCAAUACAAAUAGCUCCGUUUUCAUUUCAUAAUUCCACAGUAUUCUGGACAUCCGUGUUGGUGAAUCUUUUGCAAUUUGUUUAAUGAACAAUGGAGGCUGCAAAGAAGAACGUUGUAGGUGGGAUCGGUGAAUUAGCGGCUGGCUGUAGCAACACAACAAGGACUACUUACUUGGAUAGCAGACGCCUAGCCGAUGCUAGCCGCCAACCCCACGGAUGAUCGGGUGAAGUCCUUAGUCGCGCCGUCGAUCGCUGGAACGCAGGUGAGCACGGGUGUUGAUGAGCAGAUGAGGGCUGGCUGGAGUAGGUGGAUAGCUAAUGUUUUUAUCAUAGCUCUGUGAGGUCCGGUUGCUAAGUUAGCUUCAGCGUCGUUAGCAAAAGCAUUGUUAAGCUUUGCCAGGCUGGGAAUUAUUAACCGUGUAAUUACAUGUACAUGGUUUAAUAGUAUUGUUGAUCUUCUGUCUAUCCUUCCAGUCAGGGGUUUAUUUAUUUUGUUUCUAUCUGCAUUUGAGAACGAUGCUAUCACGUUAGCUCAGUAGCUAAGUGUGUCACCGAAGUAUUGUCGUGGAGAUAAAAGUCACUUUGAAUGUCCAUUUCGCGUUCUCGACUCUCAUUUUCAAGAGGAUAUAGUAUCCCAGGUGGUUUAAAAUACAAAUCCGUGAUCCACAAUAGAAAAAGGAGAGAGUGUGGAAUCCAAUUAGCCAGCUUGUACCUAAGUUACGGUCAGAGCGAAAAAAGAUACGUCCUUCACUGCCUCUCUAGUGAUUCACUCUAGCGUAACUCAUCCACGAAUCUUUCAUCCUCGCUCAAAUUAAUGGGGUAAUCGUCGCUUUGUCGCUCCGAAUCUCUCUCGCUCCAUUGUAAACAAAGGGGAAUUGUGAGGAAUAUUACCUCCUGUGACGUCACGCUACUUCCGGUACAGGCAAGGCUUUUUUAUCAGCGAGCAAAAGUUGCGAACUUUAUCGUGGAUUUUCUCUACUAAAUCCUUUCAGCAAAAAUAUGGCAAUAUCGCGAAAUGAUCAAGUAUGACACAUAGAAUGGAUCUGCUAUUCCCAUUUAAAUAAAUAAAAAUCAUUUCAGUAGGCCUUUAAGUUGUGUGCAUGUAUUGAAUAUUAUAUAUGUAGCUACUAUUUUAUUCUAUUUUAUCAUUGUUAAAGAGAGGACAUCUUAUUAUUUUCAUUUGGUUUUUUUCCACACAUUUUUCCAUUGCAUUUUAUUGAUGUGUUUAUCCAAUUAAAAGUUUGAAUGAAUAAAAUGGUUAACAAAAUGUGGACUGUGGUAGAUUAGCAGCAUUGUUACAUCAUGGAUGUUAACUACUGCAAAACAUCAACAAAGAAGAAAAAUGCUGAAGUUAGCAACACAUCACUGAACUUUAGAGCCAUCGUGAGUGGAGUUGCUUGUUUUUAUUGCUGCAUUUCUACCUAUUUCACCUCACAUCUUCACUUUUAAUCCUAAAGCCCUGAGAUCGGUAGGUUGGAGUUCAAAUCCCAGCCGAGUCAUACC